AUGGAGGAGAUAGACAGGCUGCUCUCCACCAUCGAGCUUGACGAGUACACCAUCAAGGAAGUCCAGAAUGGUUGGGAGACGACCGAGAAGCGGUUGGGCGGUCCAAAGGCAGCCGGUGAGGAGGUGUUUACGAAGUUGAGGAACGAACUUCCAAAGACGCAGGGGAUGCUCACACGAUCCAGCACCGUUUGGCAUCUCCUGUCGGAGUUGCUGCAAUCCCUUGGGCAGCCCAAGGUGGUUCAGAAGCGCCUGGAGUACAGCGCCCUGCGCCACAUGAAUGCGGACAUCACCACGGCCGACGUCGAGAUCUUCCGCAACAUCCUGUUUGAAGUUUGUGCCUCGAAGCUGGGUGGCUUGAUGACUCCAGAGUUCCAGUUUGGCCUGGGUCAGAUCGUUGUGGCCGUGGGCACUUCCCUGGCCAAGACCCAUGCGCACUAUGCAAAGCGGCUUCAUUUGCUGACAUCUUGCUGGAAGGAAGUGAAUGUGACCGAGGACGACACCCAAGAGCAACAGGGCCCCGUGUCUCGGCAAAAUUCAGAGGAGCAAGACAAGCCGGCAGGGGAGGAGGAAGAUGCGACAAAGGACAAGUCCGAGCAGCAGGCAAAGGAAGCUAACAUGGCCGGGGAUGGUGCAAAAGAUGUGGAGAAGGGUGAACAGGAGCAGGGAGAUGAAAAGCAUGGAGCGUGGCAGGACAACUCCAACCUGAACAUUCCAAAGACCUUUGCAGCAAUGGCUCGGUUCAAU